AUGGCCACGGUAUUGGGCCCAUCGUCCAUAAACGAGCUGAAAUUUACACCGUGGGCAACUGUGAAUAAGGCGCUAGGUCUUAUGUGGAAUACCGAUUACGGUUGUGUUUCCAUUCCCAGUAAAAACAUUCAAAAGGCCACUAACAGGGUCACGAGGCUGCUAUCCAGCAGCACUACCAUGAAGACGUCAAUCCUCAAGGUCUUGGGAAGCCUUCGACACGUAGCAAGCUGCUCUUGGCCCGCUCGAGCCUUCUUCCAGCAACUUCAAGCCAGUGUUAAUACGUUACCGCGAUUUGGUCAGCGAAGGCUCCCCACUGCAGCACGAGAUGACUUACGAUGGUUUCGCGCCGUCCUUCAUCAUCCGGAGAGCUUUAACUCCAUACCUGUAGCCCUGUUUGCAGAUUCAUCCGAUCCGGUGGUUCACGUCUUCAUGGGCAAGCGGUGA